GGCUCAGAUUUGUCACAUUAAAAUGUAUUCAGGACAAAAAACAAUGAUUGCAAAGAUAAACAAACCAUAACUAUGCACAAUAACGACUUUGCAACCUUUGGUUUUUGUUUGAUACUUUAAAGUGACAAUUCUGAGUCAUCACAUUGUUACAUGGAAUUAACCACAUCUAAUCGUAGCAUGGCGCUGAUAGGUGGCCACGGCGCAGUAGGGAGGUCAGCAAUUUGCGGUGCUCGCGGACCACAGGGGUUUGGCGUAGGGAAUAUGUGUGUAGAGAGCCGCAACCAGCCAGUCAGCAUGUUAGGCAGAAUCAUCAGCACUCCGGGAUAUGCUAUGCUUGUGGAUGAAUAACGUUUAAAUUGGAUUGCCUGAAGAUUUAUUUGGAGAUAUUGUGUGCGUGGUUUCUUGCUGCUCUCUUGGCCUAGUAAAGGCACUUGACUUGAUCUGGUUAGAUCCCCAUACACACCACCUUUCGUAUUUCCUUGGAGCACGAAGAUUGCAGAAUAUUGGAAAUAUAUGAUGAAGAUUAAGCCCAACCAGACGAGGACGUAUGAUGGUGAAGGUUUCAAGAGACGAGCGGCAUGUUUAUGCUUCAAGAAUGAAAAAGAGGACGAGGUGUUGCUGGUGAGCAGCAGUCGGCACCCGGACCAGUGGAUUGUACCAGGAGGAGGGAUGGAGCCUGAGGAGGAGCCGUGUGGAGCUGCAGUCAGAGAGGUGUAUGAAGAGGCUGGUGUAAAGGGAAAACUUGGCAGGCUACUGGGGGUUUUUGAGCACAACCAGGACAGGAAACACAGGACAUACGUCUAUGUCCUGACUGUGACAGAGACCUUGGAGGACUGGGAGGAUUCUGUCAACAUCGGUAGGAAACGGAAGUGGUUCAAGAUCGACGAGGCCAUCCGGGUGCUGCAAAGCCACAAGCCUGUCCACGCAGAGUACCUGCGCCGACUCACAGCCACCUGUAACCCCACUUGCAGCUCCACCUGUUGCGGCCCCACCAACGGCAACACCUGGGUGUUCCCCAUGACGGACGACAAUGCCCCUGAGUACGUCAACUCCACCACAGGGGACAGAUAGGACAGAUAGGAUAGCCACCACCAGACAUCGCCAUCAGAGGAACCAGCAAAGUAAGAGGACCUAGCCUAGGUGCCAGUCUGUUUCUGCUAUCUUGCCAACUCGUCAUGUUGGGCUUGACAAUAACAGUAAUGGAGUAGGCAAGAGCACAAACUGAUCUGGGACCAUGCCAAGGAGGACCCAGGAGGACUCUCGAGUGGAAGUACCCAGAAUAGACAUUUUGCAUGAUUCGUUUCUGUGUUGAUUCUUAAUUUGUACAGUAUGAACUUUCUAAAGUUAAAAGGAAUUUAUUAUUUUAUUAGGGGGCAUGAAGAGUGUGAAAAUGUGUCAAAUGGAUAUUCAAUAUUUUUCUUUGUAUCAUGUUUUAAUCAACUGCUACCAGCCAAAUAAGGAUCUAUAUUAUUAAUAAAAACUUGAUCUUAAAGCUAAUCUCUGUUAACGGGAUCCAUUAGUCAUCAGCUUUCUAUCAUUAGCAUGACGUCAACCUCAAUGUGAAAAGGUCCUUUGUUUCAAGUUAUUCUUACAAGUUCGUCUUACAUUUUGAUUCCAUAAGGUCAAAAGCUACGGUCUAUGGUCAGAGUGCAGCAUUUUGGUGAACUGCUUUCUGCUUGAAGUAGCUCUGGUAGGUCAAUAGAGGGUAGUACCUCUGGAAAGGCUUAUUUCCUUUAUGCCAAAACCCCAACUGCUGCUUAUUUUAGGGCAGAGGUAGGCAACUUUUGUCAGAGCGGAUGGUCAGGGGGCCGGAACAUAAUUAUUUAGUAUUUAUUUGGACCCCCAGCUGCUGUCGAGGCAGUGGCUACUCUUCCUGGGGUCCAAACAGGAAACAAUACAAAUAAAAUGCAUAAUAUACAUACAGUGCCAUCAGAAAGU